AUGCACGGAAUCACAAAGGUGAUUCAUCAAAGAGUUGAUAUGCAGGCGAAAUAUGUUAAAGAACAGUUGAAAGUAGCAAAUAAGCGAAUUGUGAAAUUAACAAGUACACUGAAUGACAUUGAACGAUAUAGCAAACGGCGAGAUCUCAUUAUUAUAGGAAUUCCUACGAAACAAAUGGAAGAUACAACAUCAAUUAUUAUAGACCUGACUAAAUCAGUCAGCGUGAAUAUUGGCAUUAAAGACAUCUUUGCCACGCAUUUUCUACCUGUUCGUCGUGUAGAUUCUACUCAACCAGUAAUCGUCAGUUUCGUAUGUGCUGAUGAACGUCAAGUGAUAUAUUCGAAACACCAACGAUUGAAACAAAUGUAUAAUUAUAAACAAGUUUCCAUCAAUGAGCAUUUGACAUUAGUAAAUAAUACAAUCUAUGUGCGUGCACGGAAGAAAUUAGAUAAGCGACGGGUCUUCGUCCGGCAUGGGUCUAUUAUGAUGUGA